CGCCUUCGCCGCAUUCUAAGCUUUAGGUAAAGCUUAUGAUAUAGCGGUAAUGAUCUGUGCUAAAAGUGCUAAAACCACAGCAGCAGCAAGUAUGGAAGGUGUUUGUAGCGGUGGGCGGGGGCGUGAGGCGAGCAUAAAACCAAGUGACGGACUUACGGCCAACAGCAGCAGCGGCAGCAGCAACAAUAACAGCAGCAGCAGCAAUAACAACAACAGCAGCAACAACAACAACAGCAACUGGCCCGUUUGGAGCAGCGCGCAUGCCACACACAGUUUAAAUAUGUGAAAUUAGUACAAAUCGUGAUUUCAACAGCGAACGACCGACGACGAACGACGAAGCGGCGAAAACAACAACGAACGUGUCGGGGGAUCGUAACGUCAACGUCGAGUGGCAACACCAGCAGCAGCAACAGCAACGUCACGUCGCACCCGCUUGCGCGCGCGCGCAUCCAUCCAACCCAGCCGAACCGUACCGAACCAGCACCAUCCAACAAACCACCCACUGCACCUUAACAACAACACCAACAACAACGACAACAACAGCAGCAAGAGCAGCAUCACCACUGCCUCCUUUAACCGUUAACUUUCUCCGCACGAUGUCCAGCAGUGGCGCCAGCGCAGCGCAGUACAAACUCGACGCCAACUCCAAUGCUAUCGCUUUGAUUGCUGCUGACGCCGCAGCGCUGCCGCCGUCACCGUCGCCGUCGACGCAGGCUUCGCCUGCGGAUCGAAUUGAAUGGUCGCGCGCCACGAUAUUGGGCUUCAUCGAGGAUUAUCGACGGCAGCGCGUGCUCUGGGACCCAAACACUAAAGGCUAUCACAUCAAGCAGACCAAAUACGAGGCGCUUAAGCUGCUCAGCCAGAAAUAUGGGACAGAAAUUCGCUCGAUUCGUUCGAAAAUCAAAUCGCUGCGCUCCUCCUUCCAUCGUGAGCACGGCAAGGUGAUCAACGGGCGCAGCCGAGGCGUUCACUAUCAGCCCAUGUGGUUUGCAUAUGAGGCAAUUCGCUUCAUUUUGGAUGGGGAACGGGACGCCGACGCCUCUGCCAUGGACGGCGUCGUUGACAGUGACGUAGAACCGGCUGCGUCGACAGCGCUGCUGGACUCGGAAGCAGCUGAUAAACUGACGCUGAUGCAUAGCCUAGAUUUGGAACAGCUGACAGCUGCUGCUGCGGGCAAGCAACAGGCUGAGCAGCACGAAGACUUCGCUGCUCGCGUCGCUGCCGCCGUUGCUGUUGUGGCUGCAGCCGCAGCCGCGGCGAACGUCAGGGAACGGGAACACAAUAUGGACGACGAUGCAGCAGCCUCAGAUGGCAAUUCCAAUGGUGCUGGCAAUGGCAGCGGCAGCGACGCAACAGCAUCAUCAGCAACGGCCGCUGCAGCCGUCUCAGCUGCUGUGACACGUUCCUCUUCAGAUUUGGAUGGCGAGAGCUAUUGCAAUAUCAGCGCCGAAGAUGUGAAGACAGAAAUUAUCGAGCACGAACCAGAGCUGGGCAUGCUCGAUAGGCAGACGAGCACGCCGCUCUCUCUCUCCGCGAGCUACUACAAACCCACGGAUCUGACAUAUAAUCCGCGCAAGCGUAAAGCGCAAAUGGAUGAGCUCGAUGGCUGUGAUGUCAGCGCUGGCGUGGGCGUUGGCAUUGUUGGGGGCGUGGUUGGGGCAUUAACUCUGACGCCCAUCAAGUCGACGGGGCAGACGACAGUGCUGCAGCAACACCAACAUCAACAUCAACAUCAGCAGCAGCAGCAGCAGCAGCAACAACAACUACAGCAACAGCAACAACAACAUCCACACAAUCAGAUCGCAUUUCAUACGCUGCAGCAACACUUUAGCCACAAUCUCAGCCAUGGCAGCCACAAUGGCAAUGGGCAUGCACAACCGCAGCAGCUACAACAAAAACAACAACAACAUCAGCAGCAGCAGCAGCAGCAACAACAACAUUCCAAUAACAUGGCACAAAAACGUGAUCGUGGUCGUGAUCUCUCCUGCUCGCCAACUCUGGCCCACAACAACAACAACAACAGCAGCAACUGCAACAACAACACUAACAACAAUACUAAUAACAACAACAGCAACAACAACAACAGCAGCUCCUUGGAUCUGGCCACAACUGGCAGCAGCGGCAUAUCCAGCCUAACUGCCACGCCCCUCAAAAUGAGCAGCGGCAGCAGCCUGGCCGGCAACAGCCAUGUGGAUGAAUAUGGGGUGUUUGGUGAGUACGUGGCCAUCACCAUAAGAAAACUGAAGACGCCCAAGUCGAAGAUAGUCGUCAAGCACCUGAUCAACAAUUUGCUGUACGAAGCGGAGCUGGGCAACUAUGAUCAGGGGAUGCCGGCCUCCAAAGAGCCGCCGCAGCUCUACAAAAUGCAAUAGCCAAAGGGGGGCAGAGUGAGUGUGGGCGUGGGCGAGAGUGGGUGUGACUGGGAGUGGGAGCAGUCAAAAGUCCGGCAACCUGUAGUUAAGCAAGAAAGAGAGACAAAGAGAGAGAGAGAGCGAGCGAGAGCGCAAGAGAGUAGGAGAAAACGCACUAGUCAGCAAAUAAGAGCAACAAGAGCCAACAAAUUCUAAGCGUAGUUUAGGGGCGGGUUAUUAUUUUUGGAUAAAAAUAAAUAAGCCAGGCGCAUUUCAUUCAGGGACAAAGACCAUUUAAGUACUUUUAUAUGAAACACGUAAAAAUAAUAAAUAUAUAGAGCUGUACAUAAACAUAUAAUAUACUACUAUAUAGACAUGCAUAUCAGCGUUUAGUCAAUCAAAACAGUCAGUUGCAAAUACAAACAUACAAACAUAAA